GACGUUGCCUCGAAUGGGGGUGCGGAACAGGAGCUCUAAAAGGGAUUUGGUCCCACGAUCUAGAAUUUAAUUUAGAGAUCCACUGCCAUGCUCCGUAGGAUAUGCAAUUUUUAAUUGGCUGGGUUGAUUGUAUUUCGGAACAUGAAGUCUCGCACUUGCUAUUUGGCGCAGUGAAUCGCACUUUCAUUGCUAUGAUGAGAUGCGCAGGCCUAGGUAACAGAAUUUGGUACUCCAAUACUUGAUCAUAUAGAAUCAGAUCUUCACUAUUGGAGCCGUGGAGGCUCCAAAUUGAUUUGAUAUAGGAUACAAUACAUUCAAGAUGCUUGCAUGUCACUCGCAAUUAGCGGUGGUUCGGUCAACUACAUUUGGAUGCGGAGUAAUCCCUUGUUCUUCCUCCUCUAACCGCAAGAAUUAUAUAGAAUUAAAGGUUGGGCGCAGAAAAAAUGGAGUUAGUUUCAAUAGAUUUUCGAAACCCAAUAUCCAUUAUAGAAUGACAGUGGAGGGGUCUUCUGAAUUGCGUGGAGAUGGUCAUGAUGGAAGAGAAGAAAAGACCCUGACCCUAAAUCCAAAUUCUGUUGAUGUAAAUAUAGUUCAGUCUUCCAUACCAGGUGCAACUUGUUCCCCUGGAACUGUGGGAAAAGCAACAAAUAUUGUAUGGCAAGAAUGCCCAGUGAACAAAGAAAGUAGGCAAAAACUGCUUGGGCAAAAGAGCUGCGUCAUUUGGAUUACUGGUCUUAGUGGCUCAGGGAAGAGUAGUCUGGCCUGUGCGGUGAGUCAAAUUCUGCACUCCAGAGGAAAGCUCAGUUACCUCCUUGACGGUGAUAAUGUAAGACAUGGAUUAAACACAAAUCUUGGAUUUAGUGCAGAAGACCGUGCAGAGAACAUUCGUCGUAUUGGUGAGGUGGCAAAGCUCUUUGUCGAUGCUGGUAUCAUAUGUAUUGCCAGCUUUAUAUCUCCUUACCGGAAGGAUCGAGAUACAUGCCGUGCUCUUUUGCCUGCUGGAGAAUUUAUUGAGAUCUUUAUGAACUUUCCGUUGCAUAUCUGCGAGGAGAGAGAUGUGAAAGGUCUAUACAAGCUUGCACGUGCAGGCAAGAUCAAAGGCUUUACUGGCAUCGAUGAUCCUUAUGAGCCACCAGAAAAUUGUGAGAUUGUGAUGGAAUCAAUUAAUGGAGUGUGUCCUGCCCCAAAAGAUAUGGCAGAAAAGGUUGUUGCAUAUUUGGAAGAAAAAGGUUUCCUACAAGCCUAAUAACGUACCUUGCUAUGCUUACACCUAUUCGCUCUUGUGGCAAUCAUUUAAUAUGAUAAUGCAGGAAGGCCGUAUGUUAUGUUUAUUUUCCAAAAUUUCUACCCAAGGUAGAGAUGAGACAGACGCCAGGGAAUAACUGUCUAAUAUAUUUGAUAUUUGAAGUGUUAGAAAAGUGUGGUUUGUUCUGUUUUCUUGUGAUUAUGCAAUUGUGUUCAUUGCCAACAUCUCAAAUGGCCUAGUGGUGUGUACGUCAGUAUUAAUUCUUAGGCUAUCCAGCUGCUAUGUUUUCAAUCAUGAUAGGUGGAUGAAAGAUUAUUCUGUCGUAAGGUUGUUCGUGUCCUAGGAUUAUUUAAAGCGUAUAGGUAGUUUCAAACUAUAGCAAGCAUGCCAUUAGAACAUGCUUCCUAUUUCCUUGUGGUAGUUAUAUGAGGAUAUUAUAAGAGGCUUGGGCAUUAAAUAUGUCCAUUGCACUGUGUCCACUUUCCAGCUAUUCUGAAUGUCAUGUAUUGGGUAAAAAGGACAUCUUAUUUAUGUUUUAUAGGGCAAUUUUCUGUUUCUUAUGUGGUAGGACAUGAUCUUAUCGAUGAAAUUAAUCACUGUAUUAUCAUUUAAGUGUGGUA